AUGUAACAGGUGUUGUGAGGCUCAUUGCGGUAAUGCCACGAUAACCAGUGAUAUCUUGCAAGUGAUGCUACGAGAUUAAUAAACCCGAUGUCAGCGCCGAUUUUGUAGUUUCAUCCACAGAUUGAAGUUUCCGACAAGAACCAUGGGUGAUAACAGCAUCGCAGACAACCCAUUUGCUGCUCUGUUUCCGACCUUGACACAGGCUCAACAGUACAGCAGUACCAUAACUGGCAGCAAAACACCGGUCUCAGAAGUGUCAUGUCUCGACAACACCACGAAAGAGGCAGCACCUACCAACAUGGUGCAGGAUGAGAAUGACAUGGAAACUAAGGCUCUUGAAGCAGUGGAGUUCAAUGAAGCAGUGGAAAAAAUCUUUCUGAUAACACUUGACAAUGGCACAAGCUCUGACGUACAGCGGCCAAGUCGUUGUGUCUACCUAGAGGAGAUGGCAUCGGCACUACAGGGGCAGACGUGGUUUGAUCAGGAAUCUCUGCCACAGGCUGUGUUUGAGAGAGUGAUGAUGGAGAACCCGUCCGGCAGCAUGAUAACGUCCCGGACGUCCGGGAAGGAUGCCAAGGCAGCAGCAGCAGCAUGUGAGACGGAAGUGUUGAGAUACAUGUUCCAGUGCUACACCCGGCUACAAGCAUCCACGGAGGAACUAAAGACGGAACUGUUCCCGACACAGAUGGUCCAUUUACAGUUCCUGGACAUAUUCCAAGAAGAGUUUGACUUUUUGUCAGGAGGACUGCGUACAGUUCCCGAGGGUUUCUUCCUCCAUCUGAGUCGUGAAAUCGACAUCAACAAGGAGGAAGGGACUCUGCUUGAAGUGUUCAAGCCAGUCCUGGAGGCUUUCAUGACAUACAAUGCACCAUGGGACUGGAAGAACGGCAAGGCGUUUGAGAUGACUCUGAUCGGUGCAGCUCUGUCCCUCAGCUGUAUCCCCAAGAACGAGACCGGACCAUACGAGUUCUUCAACAAUCCGUCUUCAGCUCCCAAACAGGAACAUGACAUCACCGAGGCCAACAUCUGGCAGCCACUGUCAAACCUAUGUGAGCAUGUCCACCAGAUGUUUCUGUCUCUAAUCAAACUCUCCCCGGAUCUCCGUCACACCGUCCUUACCUGGCUGGGCAAAUGUCUGCAGGCUAAUUCAGGUAGGACAAAGAUCUGGUCCAACCAAAUCCCACAGCUGUUCAACCAGAUGUACUGUUCCGAGGGGUUCAGCCUCAAUUUGUGCCAUGUGAUGCUGAAACUCUGCCAACCCUUCUCCAACCCUACCUCAGCUAAACUACUCAAAAUCCAGCCAUCUUACACCAGCGCUGUGGCUGCCAGCGAUGAAGAGGUCAAGUCCAGGUGUAUCCAUGCAGGCGGCCUGAACACUGAAACAAAGCUGGUACAGGUGGAAGACGAGUCUGCCCAGCCGUCUCCCCCCUCCGACACGUCAUACAACUUCAUCACGGAGUGCUUCUUCCUGACACAGCAAGUCUUGAACCUGGGUUUCCACAUGGUGCAUGACAAGUUCCUGAAGCUCAACCAGGACCUGCACCGAGUCCAGAGAGUGUACAACGACAUGCGGGGGCAGGCACCAGACGAGGAGCAAGAACCCAUGCGAAGUGUCAAGGCUCAAAUGGAGAAAGGUAUGACUCUGUACCUGAGUAUGAAGGCGGCCCUCACGGAACCCAGACUGAUGGAGAUGUCUCUCAACUUCCACAUUGCCGCAGCAGCAUGGUUGGUGCAGGUUGCCGUCCACGACGACAUCAGCAAAUGCCAGACUGUCACAUUCCCCCUCCCUGAAGAAGCUCCUGCUGCACUGGCAUACAUUCCAGAGUUCCUCAUGGGAAACCUCACCGACUUUGUGCUCUUCUGCCAGAGGUUCAAAAGUGACAUGUUUCAGCUGGCAGGGGAGCAAGUCAACCAUCUUAUGACGCUGAUCCUGGUGUUCAUGGGAAGUCCCGAGCGGAUGAAGAACCCCCACCUGCGUGCAGAACUGGCAGACACUCUGGCUGCUCUCAUGCCUGACAAGGACAGCGGUCGUAGUGGAAUACUCUCAAGUUUCCACCGAGACCAGCUGUUUGUGAAGCACCCUCAGGUUUCCCAUCUGUCCACGAUGUUGCUCCAUGUGUUCGUCAGUAUUGAGAUGACAGGGCAGAGUGUGGAGUUUGAGCAGAAGUUCAACUACCGUCGUCCCAUGUACCAGGUGCUGGAGUACAUCUGGGAGAUUGACAUACACAAACAAGCCAUUAAGGAAUUGUCAGUGAUAGCCGAGGCCCAUAUCGAGGACACCGACCCUCCACUCUUCUUGAGAUUCGUUAACCUGUUAAUCAAUGAUGCUAUCUUCCUUCUUGAUGAGGCAUUACAGUAUAUGAGCCAGAUUAAGGAGAAACAACAGGAGAAGGAGCGUGGGGACUGGAACAACCUGGAACCACGACAACGACAGGAGACGGAAAACAACUUCCGCCACCUGGGGAUGCUGGCUCGCUACCACAACGUGAUGGCCAACUACACCAUCCACGCCCUGGAGCUGCUGACGAGGGAGAUCCAGACCAUCUUCUGCCACAACAUGCUAGUCGACCGGAUUGCAGGCAUGCUCAACUACUUCCUCCUGCAUCUGGUCGGCCCCAAACAGAGGAACUUUAACGUCAAGGACAAGAAUGAGUAUGAGUUCAAGCCUCAGCAGAUUGUGCAAGACAUCACCAAGAUCUACCUGAACCUGGGGGAGAGUGACAUGUUCUGUAGGGCAGUGUCAGGGGAUGAGAGGUCGUACUCCCCAGAACUGUUUGCCAAGGCCGUCCAAGUCCUGCAGAAGAUCAGCACUAUGCCACAGGUCAUGAGUGACUUCCUCGGACUAGAGGAUAAGAUCAGAGGCUACAACUGUAUCUGUGAUGUCGUGGCUCCUCAUAUAUAUGUUAUGUUUGCAGUGCUUGGCCGACAGUAUUCGCAGGAGGAAGAGGAACUGCUAGCAGAUGUUCCUGAAGAGUUCUUGGACCCAAUCAUGGGAACUCUGAUGAAGGAUCCUGUACUGCUGCCUUCCUCCAAGAACAUUGUAGACAAAGCCACCAUCGCCAGGCAUAUACUCAGGUCACUUAAUCAGUCAGAUCCGCUCAACAGAUCUCCACUUAGCUUAGAGAAGGUUGAACCUCUUCCUGAACUAAAGGCAAAGAUACAUGCAUGGAUAGCAGAAACAAAAUCAAAAGCCGGACAAUCAUAGCAUACAAUAACAUUUGCAUAUUAAAGUGGGAUCACUAUCAGACUCUACCACUGAUGGAUGGAUGGUCUUCAAGAUGAAGGUCACUUCUAUCAGAUGGCGAUUUGUGAGAUUUGGCUAAAUUCCCAUGCUGAAUUCAGGAGACAGCUACAACACUGAACUCUCUCAAGGAAACAGUGUCUAUAUUUUGUAUUCAAACUCAGUGGAACAGAUCUUUAGCUCUCAUGUACUGUUGAAUGUGCAAUUAAGUGUUUCAGGUACACAGUAAUGUGAUUCUCCUAGAUAUGUUGGCUGUGAAAUAAAUUUAGGCAACAAUGUGUUAAAUAUGAGAUGUCAAUGGUAUAUUGCUUUGUGUGAUUCCGCCCUCUUUCAUUGCUUUAUGAAAUACACCCACACCAUCCAACAUUCUCUCCUAAUUUGAAUCGCUUCCCUUGGCUGUAGGUGUAACACAGAUGCCUUGAACAAUUUGUUUAAAAAUACAAUUUUCUUUGUCUGUUGGUGCAUGGGAUGUUGAAAUGUGGAUGAAAAUCUGACAUUUAAUAUAUUAUGGCCUUUUAUGAUAUUAAUUGGAUGGUCCUUCUGAGAGGUGCAUCAAAUAUAUCCAAGGUCACAGUGACCCUGUUUUGCCACCAUGCGAGAACAGGCAGUGUCAUUGUGACUUGGUAAUAUAUCACCAAGGGAUUACACAUGAGGUCACAGUGACUUUGACCACAAUGACAGAACACACCACCAGGUCAAGCAAGGUCAUGAUGACCCUGUUCCACUAUCAUCAAAAUAUGAGCAAGGCCAUGUUCCCUGUUCCACUAUCAUGAGAAUGCAAGCAAGGUCAUGCUGACCCUGUCCCACCAUAAUGAGAGUAUAAGCAAGGUCAUGUUUACUCUGUCCCACUAUCAUGAGAGUACAUGCAAGGUCACAUUGACCCAGUUCCACUAUCAUGAGAAUGCAAGCAAGGUCAUGCUGACCCUGCACCACCAUCAUGAGAGUAUAAGCAAGAUCAUGUUAACCCUGUCCCACUAUCAUGAGGGUACAUGCAAGGUCACAUUGACCCAGUCCCACUAUCAUAUACAAGCAAGGUCAUGCUGACCCUCUACCACCACCAUGAGACUACAUAUGAGGUCAUGUUGACCCUGUGUUACUACCAUGAGAGUAUCUGAGGUUACACUGACUCUGUACUACCAACACCAGACAAGUUCAUACCAUCAGGUCACUGUGACCCAGUUGUUGUAAAAUCAAACAUUAUCACCACUUGUUGUUAUGAUGGACUGUUUAAUUAAAGCUCCAUGUUACCAUGAGGAAUUAGCAGUCGUGUUGUUGUCUACAUGCAUUUACAAUCCAUGUCAGUAUAGAUUGCAUAAUGACAUGUAAUGAGUCUGAUAUGGACAUGAGUGUUUAAUGAUAUCUACUUGAGUGUUUAAGGAUAUGUACAUGAAUGUGUAGCGAUAUGUACAUGGGUAUGUAAUGUUAUAGAUGUAUACAGGAAUAUUUAACAAUCUGUACAUGAAUGUUUGAUGAUAUGUACAUGUAUGUGUAAUGAUAUGAACAUGAAUGUGUUACAAUAUUGUACAUGAAUGUGUAUCUAUAUGUUCAGGAGUGUUUGAUGAUAUGUACAUGAAUGUGUGUCUAUAUGUUCAGGAGUGUUUGAUGAUAUGUAUAUGAAUGUUAAAUGAUAUAUACAUGAAUGUGUGUCUAUAUGUUCAGGAGUGUUUGAUGAUAUGUAUAUGAAUGUGUGUCUAUAUGUUCAGGAGUGUUUGAUGAUAUGUAUAUGAAUGUGUGUCUAUAUGUUCAGGAGUGUUUGAUGAUAUGUAUAUGAAUGUGUGUCUAUAUGUUCAGGAGUGUUUGAUGAUAUGUAUAUGAAUGUGUGUCUAUAUGUUCAGGAGUGUUUGAUGAUAUGUAUAUGAAUGUUAAAUGAUAUAUACAUGAAUGAAUAUUGAUAUGUACUUGAGUAUGUAACUAUACGUAGAUCAAUGAUUUAUUAAGUGUACAAGAAUGUUUAAUGAUAUGUACAAGAAUGUUUAAUGAUAUGUACAAGAAUGUUAAAUGAUAUGUACAAGAAUGUUUAAUGAUAUGUACAAGAAUGUUUAAUGAUAUGUACAAGAGUAUGAAAUGAUAUAUACAUGAGUGUGUAUGUCGCUGCCUGAACAGUGUAUCCGGAGAGAUGCUUCGUAGAAAUAUAUAUCAAGUAUGUGUA